AGGAAACAGUCAAGUGACCUGACCCAUGCCCUGAGAAGUUACAACCCUCAACCAUACAGAGGCGCUCAGCCCUGCUCCACGAGCACCCUCAACAGGACUGUGCUGGAGUCUCAGUACCUGAAAUAUGUCAUCCAGCAGGGUUCUGUUCCACAUUCCCCUCUUCAUUUGAUUCUGUUGCGGUGGCAGCUUGCUGUGGGUGGAACUCCUCUGCAUGCGGUCUGAGCUGGGUACUGCCUUGUUACUGGAUCUCCAUCCAGGGUGGUCUAGUAAAGACUCCCUCUUCGUCAUCUGAACUAUUCUCUGAUCGAUGAUAUCUGUUUCGGAUUUUUCCUCACUCCUGGUUUUUCAGAUGUCUGUGGAGAGUGGCGAGCCAUUGGAGGUGAUCAGAGAGGAGGCUGCUGGGAUACUGGAGGAAAUGUCUCAAAACCUUCAGCUGGGAUUCAUCCGGUUACUGGGCUUCAUCCUGAGUAAAGUUUUCAAGAGGCUAUUUCGAAAGAUUUACAUCAACGAUGAUGGCCUACAGAGGCUUCAACAGGUUAUUCAGGAGUGCCCAGUGGUGCUGAUGCCCAAUCACAGGAGUUAUGUGGACUUCCUGGUUUUGUCCUACAUUCUCUUCACUUAUGAUCUCCCCAUUCCAGUCAUUGCUGCAGGAAUCCCUCUGAUGGGGAUGUCAUUGCUUGGGGAGAUCUUCCGCAGGUCAGGAGCCUUUUUCAUACGGCGCUCCAUUGGGGCAGACAAGCUGUACUGGGCUGUGCUUUCAGAGUAUGUCAAAACAGUCAUACGGACAGGAUAUGCUCCAAUUGAGUUCUAUGUUGAGGGGCUGCGAAGUCGAUCUUUGAAGUCUUUGACUCCUAAGUUAGGGAUGAUGCAGAUGGCACUAGAGCCCUUCUUUAAGGGUGAGGUGUAUGACAUUAGCUUGGUGCCCAUAAGCAUCAGCUAUGAGCGCGUGCUGGAGGAGUCUCUGCUGGCCCACGAGCUUCUGGGGGUCCCCAAGCCUAAGGAGUCGACCAGGGGGCUAUUGAAAGCCAGAAAAGUACUGGAGGAGGAUUAUGGAACCAUGUACAUAUGUUUUGGCCAUCCUGUCUCAGUGCGAGAAAUGGCCAAGGGGAAGAUAAAUCGCUGGCAGUACAACUUGGUUCCCAGAGACCUUCCCAUGAGGGCAAGCGAGGACUCCCAGACCUUUGUGAAUACCACAGCUCACACUGUCGUGCGUCUACAGGAGGAGAACAUGGUGUUGAGCUCCUGGAGCCUAAUAGCUACCAUCCUGAUGCAGAACCUGGAGGGCAUAGACUGGGACUCCCUUGCCCAGCAGACCGAAUGGCUGAGACGGCUAGCACUGGAUUUUGGGGCCAACCUAAACUGGCCUGAACAACUGACCUGCAGUGCAGCCUUAUCAUUCAACCUGUCCCUCCAUCAUUCAAUUCUACACUGUAAGGAAGGAAUUGUUCAGCUAAUGGAGGAAGAGUCUCAGAAGACUGACAGCCCAGAGGAUGCCUUGUCCAGGCGUGCUGUCGCUGUGCUCAUGUGUGCCUCCUACAGGAAUCAGGCUCUGCAUGUGUUUGUGCGCCCAGCUAUGUUGGCAGUGGCUCUACAUGUAACAGCCACCUCCAGGAAAGAGGAGAUCUUCAUAUUCUUCAAAUUCCUUCAGGAUGUGUUUUCUAAUGAGUUCAUCUUCAUUGCUGGUAGGGGCGAAGCGGACUUCGAAGAGGCUUGCUUCUUACUGAAGAAGUGUGGAGCACUCCAAAUCACCAAUGAUCACAUCACUGUGGAAGAGACUGGCCAGGCCACUACCUACUUUCUCAGAGCCAUAUUGGGGCCCUUUAUCGAAGCAUACCAGGUUGUCUUCAGGUACCUGUUGGAGGAGAGUGUACUGGUCUUCACAGAAAAGGAGUUUGUGCCUGCUGUCCGCAGCUAUGCCAUCAAACUCAUCCUCUCAGGGGCGCUGACAUCAUAUGAUGUACUCUCAUCGGACACACAUAAAAACGUGCUGGCUGCAUUGUUGAGGUUAAAUGCUGUGACAAAAACAAGAAGAGCCCAGCAAGCUGGCUUCAGAAGCAACAAGGGAACCAUAAACAGAAUUGGAGACAUAUUAGCUGGUCAACUCCCGCCUCAAACAACUUCAAAACUCUAGCAUGAAAAAGCUGGACUCUCCUUGAUUGAAGGAACCUGUCUUUUAUUCACAGUGUGCUAGGUCUCUGGCAAACUGCAUCCAGGAAUGCUCAAAUCAGGCCCAUGAGGGAAGUAACAUGGAUUGUUUUUAUUCUUCCCCUCCAAUUAGUGACAGAUUUAGACCUGGGAGACCAGCUGAGUGGAAUCUCUGGCUAAUCAGUGACAUCAAUCAGUUAACCAUCAGGCAGAAAAGAAAACCAUUUUUUCGUUAGCAAGACCGUUAAUGGCAUUGCGAUUCUUCCCGGUUUUCCGGUUUCCGACUCAGUCCCAUUCAUUUUAACGACCCUGCCGAAAGGAAUAGUUUUAAUGCACAAACAUCUACGAAGUAUUAUAGAUCGAUAAAUGAGAGUACUAAUGUCAAUCAAGAUUUUUUUUUUGUUUUUUUUUUAAUAUCUAAUGUGAGUAUUUUCUACAUUUUAAUGCCUUAUAAAAGAAAAUUUAAUUAAGCAAUGUAUACUUCAACAUGGUAACAUAUUCACAUGGGCACGUGCAUUAAACAAAUCUGACUCUGACUGACUAUGACUUGCUGUAUUUCUGAAAAUAGUUUCUCUAUUAUUAGCUAACCUAAACCUGGAAACAGCUUAUCAGCUCAAAAAAAAAACUUGAAUCAUUUGACAUUAAUACUCUCUUUUAUCGAUCUACUGCCCUCUGUAAUUUGUGUUUUUAAACUAUUCAUUUCGCAAAAAUAAAUGGAAGUUAGUUGGAAAACAGAAAACUGGGAAGAACGUCAAAGUCGUUAACAAACAGCAGGGACAACUGUUGCUAGUAUUCACGCUAUGCAAAUACAAUGGGAUAAGCUCCAUAAAAUGACUUGUGUUAUACCAAAGUGAAAUAUUCCUUUAACCAUCCAAAUAACUGCCGGAGUUUGUAACUACAUCCUAUCAGUACUAUAGGUCUAUAUCGUACAGUACUAUAGGUCUCUUGUAUGGGACAAAUAAUCUUUGCUUAAACAUAGCAUGUCCUGGGGCUGAUGGAAACCCUUGUAUUCACUAACCCUGGGCUCACCUGAUCAGUGCCAUAAAAACAGAGUACAGUAUUUGUAAAUGAUUGAAUCUUAGUGAUUUAGUAACUCACAUAAGGUAAAGGUUUUAAUUUUUGUUACCUAAAACUGUUUCUGUAAAAUGUUAAGGAAUUGAAUACAAUAGAAAUCAAUUGUUGAUUCCAAGGCUUAUGUUUCCAUGUCUUCAAAUCUUUGCUGCAAAACAUUCCUUUUAUACACAGUGGCUUUAUUUACUGUAUUUAACUGGAUUCAACUUAUUUGUAACGCUGUUUUAUUUUGCUAAAAUAAAUUCAGUUGGUAAGGUGGAUGAAACUAAAAUUAUGCUUAGUAAUACAAAUUUAAUUUAAUUUAGAAUUCAUGUCAUUCUUUAACAUGGUUCAUCCAGCCCUGCUUAUUCAUAUCACAUCUCAUAAUUGAUCGUUCUUGUGUCUUAUUCAACCUGAAUUGAUGGAUGAAUUUGCCUUUAAGACAUAAAGCCAGGCUAACACCUUUUUUCAGAAGCAAUGUUAUAUUUCCGACAUGAUCUGUUCAGAUAUUAGUAAUAGCUGAAACCUCUACUCUUCAUGACUCAAUGCCCGGUCACUCUCAAAAUAAAUGUUCAAAUGAUA